AUGGGGUUCACUCGAGCUCUCCUUGCGCGGCGUGCCACGCAGACACACACACACUGGAAGAGGUUUUUUCUUUUGAAAGUAGGCCUUUAUAGACGAAGCGAAAGUCGUCCUAGGGAAAAGGCGCGUGGUAACGCGGUUUCGCCUGACAGCUGCAAGGAAAAGACGCAGCCAGGUUGUGAUUGCAGGAUGGUUCCCUGCAUUUACUACACGGACUGCUGCGUGGAAGUUGCAGAGAGUUUUGCGCCUGCGGGCACUGACCGUCGUGUGACUUCCGGUGGUGAAACAAAUUACUAUCAAGCGACAACUCUGUCCACCCACCCCAAGAAGCGCUUUGCAUUUGACGCCGUGGUUACUGAGACAGCAGCGCAGCAUGAUGUGUACGAGACUGUUGGGGCUUCUAUCGUUAACUGA